AUGUUUCGUAACCACGCAUCGAGGAUCACUGCCGCAGCUGCGCCUUGGGUGCUCCGGACGGCUUGCCGCCAGAAGUCUGACGCCAAAACACCUGUGUGGGGACACACUCAACUGAACCGUCUCAGUUUUUUGGAAACCGUGCCUGUCGUUCCUUUGCGUGUUUCCGAUGAAAGCAGUGAGGACCGCCCCACCUGGAGCCUUCCCGAUAUUGAGAAUGUGGCCAUAACGCACAAGAAGCCAAACGGCCUCGUUGAUACACUCGCCUACCGCAGCGUCCGCACCUGCCGCUGGUUAUUUGACACAUUCUCUCUCUACCGUUUCGGUUCCAUCACGGAGAGCAAAGUCAUCAGCCGCUGCCUUUUUCUUGAAACUGUUGCCGGUGUCCCGGGGAUGGUCGGUGGAAUGUUGCGCCACCUUUCAUCAUUGCGGUACAUGACGCGCGACAAGGGUUGGAUUAACACUCUUCUUGUUGAAGCAGAGAAUGAGCGCAUGCACCUCAUGACGUUCAUUGAACUUCGCCAACCAGGGCUCCCCCUACGCGUUUCCAUCAUUAUUACGCAAGCCAUUAUGUACCUCUUCCUCCUGGUCGCCUAUGUGAUUUCCCCCCGUUUUGUACACCGCUUUGUCGGUUACCUUGAAGAGGAAGCCGUCAUUACAUACACCGGCGUUAUGAGAGCAAUUGACGAAGGAAGGCUGCGCCCUACCAAAAAUGAUGUUCCCGAAGUGGCUCGCGUGUACUGGAACCUCAGCAAAAAUGCCACAUUCCGCGACCUCAUCAACGUGAUCCGAGCUGACGAGGCGGAGCACCGUGUCGUUAACCACACAUUUGCUGACAUGCACGAAAAACGCCUGCAAAACAGUGUCAACCCCUUCGUUGUUCUGAAGAAGAACCCAGAGGAAAUGUACUCCAACCAACCAAGUGGUAAGACAAGGACGGAUUUUGGAAGCGAAGGCGCCAAAACUGCGAGUAAUGUAAACAAACACGUGUAA